AUGCGUGUUCUUCCAGCAAUCGCCUCGGCUUUGGCUCUUUUGUCUGCCGCCUCCGUCCAAGCUGCCCCUCUCGAUGAACGUGGUCCUCCUGCCCAUGCCUUGUCGAAGCAAUUGACCAACCGCGUCAAGAUUGAAGGUCUUUUAAGACACACCGAUGCUUGGCAAAAGAUUGCCGACGAAGGUGGCGAUGACAACCGUGUCUUUGGCUCCAAGGCCCAUAAUGCCACCAUCGAUUACAUCUACAACUUCAACAAGGAAAAUGGUUACGAGACCACCCUCCAAUUUGCAGCUAGCGAACAAAAAGGCUAUCAUCAUAGAGGAACUGACAAAAAUGCCAGCACUCCUGAAGGCGGUGUUACCGGCGAUUUGGCCAGCACCGGCAAUUUGGGUUGUACAGCUGCUGAUUAUGGCGAUGUCACGGGCAAGAUCGCCCUGGUUCAGCGUGGCACUUGUUCUUUUGGCGAGAAAGCCGCUGCUGCUGGUGAGGCUGGUGCUGCCGGUCUUUUGAUCUACAACACUGAGGAUGGCGAAUUGAACGGUACACUUGGUGAAGUCCUUGAAGGUUCUGCACCAACGGGUGGCAUCAGCAAAGCUGAUGGUGAGGCCUUGGCUGAGUUGGUGGCUGGCUCCACCCCUGUCUCUGUCUUGCUUAACUUGGUCGAGAUCCAUGAGAAUCGUACGAGCGCCAAUGUCUGUGCUGAAACCAAGACUGGUAACAAGAAUAACGUUGUCAUGUUGGGUGCACACACUGAUUCUGUCGUUGCUGGUCCCGGUAUCAAUGACAAUGGCUCCGGCUCUGCCGGCUUGCUUGAAGUGUCGUACCUUUUCCGAAAUGUCAAGCCGAACAACGCUGUGCGCUUCUGUUAUUGGACAGCCGAAGAAUUUGUCGGUGCCGAAUACUAUGUUUCCCAAUUGUCUCAGGAGGAAAGGGAUAACAUUGCUUUAUAUCUUAACUUCGACAUGAUUGCAUCGCCCAACUACUUUAACGGCAUUUAUGACGGUGAUGGUUCAGCCUUCGACAUUCCCGGCCCUGAGGGUUCUGCUGCCAUCGAAAACUUACUCGAAAAUUAUUUUGCCAGCCAAGGCGCCAAGUCCAGCCCUACCGAAUUCAACGGACGCAGCGAUUACGGCCCCUUUAUCGACGUUGGUAUUCCUGCUGGUGGUACUUUCACCGGCGCUGAAGGCCUAAAGACAGCAGAGGAAGCUGAAUGGUAUGGUGGUGAGGCUGGCGUCGCCUAUGACGAAUGUUACCAUCAAGCAUGCGACACCAACAACAAUCUGAACAAUGAAGCUUUCGUUCUUCACACCAAGGCUAUUGCCCACGCUGUCGCUACUUACUCUUACUCGACCGAAGAUGUCAAUGGCGUUGUCUCUGGCAAGCCCGGCAACCGCCCAGGCAGAGGGCCAAAGAACAAAAUGGCUGCCAACAAAGGCGAGCGUGCUGCUUGUGGCUCCAAGCCUCGAUCUUCCCAGUAAAAUUCCGAUAAUAUAAUAUGUACAUCUAUAUAAUUUUUUGGCUUAUUAUGUAUACUUCCAUUCAACUCCAUUCUGCUUUCUCUAUACUCAUUGCUGUACACUACUAGUAGCUAUGAUAAGCCUUCUGCUCCAGUUUUUUUGUGUAUAACUUAAAAUAAAAGGUCAAGUACAUAGUAAUUGUGUCUAGUACAGUACCCGCUCGUUAAACCGAUCACCUUUAAACCGAUAUUUCGUUAAACCAAUCACUUCCCCAAAAUACCAGCUUGGUAAGCAG